AUGGUGCGUAUCGGACCGAACACGGUCUCUGUGGCCGAUCCGGAGGCGGUGCAGAUACUGUAUGGCCUGAAGAGCGCCCUCAAAAAGUCUGAUUUUUAUCACGUGCAGCAAAAUAUCAGCGACGGGAAGCCGCUCGAGAACAUCUUCAAUACAACUCGCCCAGAUUUCCAUGCUUCUAUCAAGCGGCCAGUUGCACACGCAUACAGUAUGACAUCAUUGUUGCAGUAUGAACCUUUCGUCGAUACCACGUCUCAAAUGUUCUGCCGGAGACUCACUGAAGAAUAUGUGGAGAAAACCAGAACAUGCGAUUUGGGGAAAUGGCUGCAGUUCUAUGCCUUUGACGUUAUUGGAGAAAUAACGUUUAGCAAAAAGCUGGGGUUCCUCGAUACUGGAGAAGACGUCCAAGGAGUCAUCGAGGAUAUCGAGUGGAGACUAGGAUAUUUUGCUGUGGUGAGGAUUUUGCAACCACUUUUUCUCCCUGCAUGCGCUAAGAAUGGUUUCCAGGUUGGCCAGAUGCCUGUUCUUGACCGUUUCCUGCUCAAGAAUCCUCUGAUAAUGAAGAUGCUCUCGACGAACCAUAUCGUCAAGUUUACACUAGAACAGGUGCAGGCUCGCACAUCAGAGCCUUCAGACCGUAAGGAUUUUCUGGGAUUCUUCCUUCAAGCGCACAAGGAAAACCCACAACUAGUUGACAAGCGUCAGGUUUUGUCAUACGCAAACUCCAAUGUCUUUGCAGGGAGUGAUACAACUGCCAUAUCAUUACGAUCUAUCCUUUAUUACAUGCUCAAGAAUCCAUACGUUUUGGAAAGGGUUCUUGCUGAGAUAGACACUGUUGUCGGGGACCGGGAUUGCGAUAUUCAUCCUAUCUCAUAUGGGGAGUCAAACCAAAUGCUAUAUUUUCAAGCAGUCAUCAAAGAGGCCAUGAGAUUGCAUCCCGCAGUUGGUCUCCUCCUCGAACGCGAAUUACCCAUGGGCGGUCUCCACAUCGCGGGCCAGUGGCUUCCCGGCGGAACAGUCGUUGGUAUCUGUCCAUGGGUGUUGCAUCGCGAUCAGCGAGUCUUUGGAAAAGAUGCGGAUUUAUUCCGACCCGAAAGAUGGUUGGAAUCAUCUCCUGACGUUUUGAAAGUGAUGCAGAGAUCCAUCCUAGCGUUUGGAGCAGGCUCGCGUACUUGCAUCGGCAAGCACAUAUCGCUACUCGAAAUGAGUAAGAUCGUCCCACAGUUACUCUGGAAAUUCGAAUUCCAACUAGCACACCCUGAAAAGGAAUGGACUCUAGAGAACAAGUGGUUUGUAAAGCAGAACAACUUCUUCGUUAAGAUCAAGAAUCGAAAGAGAUUCUAA